CUCCCUUUUAUCAAAGCCCAAAUUAUCAUAAAGCAUACACCGCCGGAGAUAAGAAGUUACGCUUCAGCGAGAGAGCCUAGUUACGAAAGUGUUGCUGUCACAAUUGCUAUGCCAUUUCUAACCUGAAACUGAAUUGAUUUCAGAUGGGCGGCAAAUCGUCGAAAUCGAAUCUGAGUCGGACGGAUUCGAUGCGCAAGUCUUCGGUGAAGAAUAUGGUGCAGGAGAUGAAACGGAAAUGGGAGAAAGUCGGUGACGAAUUGUGGGGGUUGCCCGAAGUGAACGAGUCGCAUGAGGUGUACGUGGAGCUGAAGGAGAAGAUAACAGAGUUGAGGAGCGAGCUGGAAGGUUUGAGUGAUGAUAUCAAGAAAAAGGAUACCGCUUUGGUGGAUUACUACAUGGAUAGGUAUCAUGCAUACAUGUGCGUACUUGAAAAGAAGACCGUGCUUCCGCAGAAGGUGGUCAAUUGCGGAAAGGCUGUGUCCACGCCAGAGUUGAGGGAAUCGCUGGAGAGCAAUACGAAUUCUCUUAAGAAAAAGACGAAGAAGAGCAGGACGCAGCAGCGCGAAAGGCGUGUCACUAAAGAAGAGAAGAACAUGAACGAGAUCGACAGAAUCCGACAGGAGAUGAUGCCGAUGCGCGAUGAAAUAUUGGUGUUUAAGGGGCAGAAGAACGACCGUGUUUACCAUUUCUUGGAGGAGAGCUUCUUAAGGUUUGCGAGCAAAUUGGAAGGUAUUGAGACGUUCGAUUUUCCGCAGUUGAAGCACGAGAAGAAGAUCGCUAUUACGUAUGCCAAAGAAUCAGUGGAGGUGCUCCAACAGAUCGUGGACAGAAAGGAGAGGGCGACUCAAGAAGAAGAAGAAGAGGUUCCGGUAGUAAAAUUCAAAGAGUUCCGAGCGCAGCUGGAGAACAAGUUAUCGGUGCAUCCUAGUGUACGUAGCACGAUGGGAAUGGUGAAGUUGAAGAGCUACUCUGAUGAAGUUGAAUGUCUACAAGUAACCAAAAGCAUCGAAAGUUUGGACGAAGAGUAUGCCAGCAGCAGUUCCAUGAGUUGCUCUUCGGAUAACUACGAAGAACGUCAGGAGGUGCGACGCGAUGUAUUUAACAUAAACACGUUGAAAGUAACCUCAAUUUGAUGACUGAUAAUUUAUGUGCGUGCGCUUGCAUGCAUGCACGUAUGUAAACUUUAUAAUAAUAUUU